CUCCCAUGUCCCUGUUGAUAUAAACUGGGGUGUCAGUGCAUCUCUCCCCAUUCUUCUUUCACUGCACCUUGUUUAAGACUCCAACACUGAUCAUCAUGAGCAGGAACUACUUGUCCAAAAAUGAUGAGCUCCGCAAGGGAGACUUCCUACUAUCCAACAACCGAGAGUGGAAAGCUGUCUUUCAGGACGAUGGCAACUUUGUGAUCUACGGCUGGAAGCCCAUGUGGUCUUCAGACACAGCCGGCCCCAACCCUCACCGCCUGUGCAUGCAGGAGGACUGCAACCUGGUGAUGUACACACAGGAGGACUCCCCCAUGUGGCACACCAACACCUUUCAGACGAGCUGCAAGAUGUGCCGGAUCCACCUAAAAGACGACGGCAUCCUUGUGCUGGAGAAGGACGGAGUAGACAUCUGGAGCUCCAACGAAUCCUCCGGCAUGAAAUGAAUGAAGUCACAAAGAGUGAAGCUUUUUUUUAAAGUCUGCUACUACAGUGCAUACAUCUCUGACUGUCUGAAUUGGGCAAUCUCGUAACUUUUUAUGUGUAACCAAUAAAACAGUCUGUCUCUUUUAA